AUUCUAGCAUUCUCUUUUGCUACAGAGAAAUCUAAAAAUCAUGGCUACCAUUGGAUUGUCAGCUAAGCAAGAGAAAGAUGAUCGAGUGCAUCACAUAAAACAAGAAAUUGCAGAGAUGGUUAAGGUGCGGAUUCCACUGGUGAAACCUAAGUUACUUGAGCAACAAACUGCAUCAUCAGAUGAUUUUCAAGAAACUGGUCCAGAAGAGAAAGAGUCCUUGAAAAGAAAAUAUCGCAUUGAUAGUGCAUUGGAAGAUAAAAUUUGUGACCUAUAUGACCUCUAUGUUGAAAGGUUCGAAGAAGAUCCAGGUCCACCAGUUAGGAGGUUGUAUGAAGAGCUUGCAGCAUUGUGGCCUAGUGGCAUGGAUACCCAUGGCAUUAAACGUGCUAUAUGUAGAGCAAAAGAUAGGAAGAGGGCGUUAAGCAGCCAACAAAAGGAUCAAGAGAAAAUGAAAAAGAAGAAGAAACUGGCACCAAAGGUGGACGAGCCUGUUCGAGGAGAAGCUAGUAACAUUGCUCUGCCAUCUCAUGUGCAAGAAAUAUUGGAACCAAAUUCUCGUGAUUACAAUUUAAGUUCGAACAGCAAAUCAGUCCCCAGUACAGCAGUAGCCAAUGCUCAAAUUCGCAUGCCUGCUACCUUUGCAAAUGGUCCUAAUAUGGACAAGCCGAAACAGGAAAAAGCAAAGGGACACUCCAGCAAUCCGGUUGAUGUGGGCACUACCGACUUAUUAUCGAAAAAGAAACUUAAGAGGAAACAAGAAACAUCAUUUGUCGAAGGGUUCCGUCCCGAGAAGUCUGCUUCUGUGCAGGUGGAGGAACGUCACAAACACAAUAAACAAGUGGUCACCGCUAUUCCUGUCAAGUCAAACCUACAGCCUGCAGCUCCUUCGAGUGUGCAGCCAAGCUGAUAUCAUGGCUCGAUUUGGGUAUUCCAUUCGUAAGUUAGCAAACUCUUUGUAUCGAUUUCUGUUUUAGGAGCUUCAUUCAUUGUGAUGAAUAGCUUGUCUAAUAGUUUAGCAAAUCGUGUUGGUCAUAUGAUUCGCAAUGGAUGAGUUUUUAUUCUAGAGUAGUGAUAGAGCUUUUAAUGUUCUUAGUUCUAAUUGAGUUAUCAUUAUUGAUUAGCAGUUUAAUUGAGUUAUAAACACACCCGUGGUCACUAAAUCUUGUUGGCCAGUGGCCACUUAACUUCAUUUUGUUCAAGUUGUUGGGUGUUCAUUUCA